GACGAGUCAACGUUAUAAACAAAGUCUCUGCAAGAUAGUGCAGUUUCUCAAGUAAAUUAACGAUUUCUAGUGAUUAGAAACAAAGGGAGAACAGAUGCAGUCGCAGGUAAAUCACAACUUCCACCCAGAGAGUGAGGUGAACAUCAACAAGCUGGUGAACAUCAAGCUAACUGCAUCCUACACCUACCUCUCCCUGGGGAUGUAUUUCGACAGGGACGACGUGGCUUUGCGCAGCUUCUCUAGUUUUUUCCUGGAGCGCUCUGUGAAGGAGAGAGAGCAGGCAGAAAAAUUGCUGGAAUACCAGAAUAUGAGAGGCGGUCGCGUUCUCCUUCAGCCCAUCGCUAAACCCAGCAGGGAGGACUGGCGAGGUGGCCUGGAUGCCAUCACCUUCUCCCUGGAGUUUCAGAAAACCCUCAACACGUCCCUCCUCGAGGUGCACCGUGGUGCCAACACUCACACUGACCCCCAUCUGUGUGACUUCCUAGAGCAGCACUUCCUGUCCGACAGCCACGACACCAUCAAGAAGCUGGGUGACCAUCUGGGCAGCCUGACCCGCCUCACUUCCUCUGAGACCCAUGGCUCCAUGGGAGAAUACCUGUUUGACAAACACACCCUGUAAGACUCACAGCAAGAAGAGAGCACAGCUUUCACACAGGGACUGGAGUCUGGAGAGUUGUGCUGGGCAGAACGUCCUUUCUAACUGUGCAUGCAUUUCCGUUACAAGUAGCACUAAAGUGGGAUUUAGCAAUAGAACCACAUACCUCUUACAGUACGUACAGAAAACAAUGCAAGACAAUGGAACAGUUGAAUACCUCAACACCCAUUUACCACUUCUGAUGUGAACAGUGGUUACCACUGACAAACAUAAAGGUGUAAUGGGUUCGCACUCAAAAAUGUCACAUAAAGCUUACUAUUCAAUUUUUCUAAAUUAUUUUCACUGCAUCAGGGAUAGCGUACAAAGACGUUUCGCCUUUACAUCCUUCAGUGUGUAGGUACAAUUUUAUUUUAAUUCAAAACCACAUUUUUAGAGAACAACCGAUGAGCAGCAGGUACUUCUGAUCAGGUUUGCCACUCAUCUGCCAAUCAGGUAUGUGGCUUUUCUGGCCUACCUGUAUACAAAGUAAUACAGAAUUAUAGGGUAUGGGAGUGUGCACGAAGGGCAACCGCCCCCAGGUGUCCGUUCACCUAAACAACUCUGGUGCUGUAAGUCAACUUGGUUUCUGCCAUAGAGUUGAUCAAGCAUUCCAGCAGUAAAUAUGCUUCAUUGUGUUGUGCAUUCCUACAUAUUUCUGAAUCAGUGCUGUGUUACACCUAGUUUCAUUACUCCAAAAAGCAGCAUAUAAUCAAAUAUGUUCUAAAGGAUUUAAUCAAUAGUUGAAUUUGAAUAAAAGUAAAAGUAA